GCUUGAAAUCUUUACCAUCAAUCGCUCUUUUGAGUUGCACCAAAACAAUACGAGAUCACGGGAGACGAAAAAUUCAACAAUCCAUGGUCUAAGACGCUUUCUUACCUCUCAAUCMUAAGGGAGACCUUCCUAUAAACUUCAUUCCCGAGGAAUUUUGAUGCCCUAGAGCUCAAAAUGUCGAGAAAAUUUCGGCCUGUUUCYCAAAGUGGAAUGUAUAGUGUUCGAGGUUCGGAGAUAGCGAGGACGGGCAACUCCAAUCCACAGAUGAUUCGCUGUGUUGUAGAGCUGCUAGAUGACUCAGAGUUCAUCAUUGAUCUAGAUAAAGAUUCUAAAGGAGAAGUCUUGUUGAAUGAAGUAUUCAACCACUUAGAUUUACAAGAAAGAGAAUUCUUUGGUCUCCACUAUUUUGCUCCAGACUCACCUGACAACUUGGUUUGGUUAAGAGAAGAAAAAUUGAUAAGAAAGCAACGAAAAGGCCCACCUCCUUAUAUUUUCUAUUAUGGUGUAAGGUUUUUUGUGUCAGACCCUGCAAAACUGACUGAGGAUCUCACAAGAUAUUAUUUUUAUCAGCAAAUCAAAAGAGACCUACUCACUGGGAGGUUACCCUGCUUUUAUGAUACUGCAGCAGAAUUGGCUUCAUAUAUACUUCAAGCUGAGCUUGGUGAUUAUGAUCCAAAGCUUCAUCUUGAUGGCUAUGUGGGGGAGUUCAGAUUCAUUCCUGACCAGACUGACGACUUUGAAGAGAGAGCUAGUGAAUUCCAUAAACAUCACGUAGGGCAAACUCCAGCUGAUGCUGAAUUUAAUUUUCUUGAAGUAGCAAAGAAUCUAGAUCUUUAUGGAGUUAACUUACACUGUGCACAGGACAAUCAGGGUACUGAACUAUUCAUUGGUGUUUCGGCUCUCGGGCUGACUGUCUAUCACAAUAAAUGUAAAAUCAAUUUUUUCCCUUGGUCAAAAAUUAUCAAGGUUUGCUUCAAAAGAAAACGAUUUUACAUCCAAAUUCGUCCCGAUUGGAACGAAUGGAAAGAUAAUGUUAUAGCCUUCCAGAUGCCGACGUACAGAGCGACUAAGAACAUGUGGAAAACCUGUGUGGAGUACCAUUCGUUUUACAGGACCCAUUGUCCGAAGCCAACCAACAACAGGAGGUUAUUCAGAAUGGGCUCUAAAUACAGAUUCAAGGGUAAAACAGAGUACCAAGCGAUAGAAGAAAGUCGGAAUCACGUACGACCUGAGCCAAAGAUCGUAAGAACCCUAAGUAGAAGAUACUCCAAGCGAAGUGACUCAGGUACAUGGUCCCGAAGCCUACGGAGACUCGAUCUUGAUCGUGAGUUCGAAAAAGACCCUUCAUUAUUCAACGAGAAGCAUGCGCCGAAAUUCCACUACUCGUCUGCCCCAAACAGCACUGACAAACUCGAUAAAGUAAACUUCAGGAGAUCGAAUAGCACAAGUGGUAACGUUGGAUCAAUCGCCAAGCCUUCUGUAGCACAAGAUAACCAUCAAAAGACAGGUCGUUCUAGUGACUCACUGGACAGUAAGAACUCCGAUGAAUGUGAUGAAGAUGAAACUAAAGUGGGAAACGGAACAACACCGCAGGAAGGGUUAAUGACUGUUAAAAUGGAUCCUGAUGACAAGGGACGGUUUGGUUUUAAUGUUCAGGGUGGCUCUGAUAUCGAACUUCCAGUAAUCGUUUCCAAGAUAGCUCCUUCGACACCGGCUGAUCUAUGCGUGCCACAGCUCCAAGAAGGAGAUGAAAUUGUCUAUAUAAACGGCCAGUCAAUGAAGGGUUUGGCGCAUUUAGAGAUUGUAGAGUUGAUACGAAGUAUUAGUUGCUGUAAAAAUCAAACGCUAAUACUAACCAUACGACCAAAUGUGUUCGCUUCUCAAGGACCAAGAUCCAUCAACGAUUCACCUACUCACGUUUUGUCACCCGAGCAAUAUAUUGAAAAUGAACGAAAACACGAACAAGAUAUCAUUAUUGCUAAAAAAGAAAAGGCCGAAGCCCGAGAUGAAGAGGCGCUUCGAGUCUCGAUAGAACAACUAAGAGAGAAUCUAGACAGUGGAGAUUUACUGGUUUACUUCCAAGAACUUUAUCGAAAAAAGCCAGGAAUGUCAAUGGACGAAGCACGCAAACCAGAGAACCUCCCAAAGAACAGAUAUCGGGACAUCCUCCCAUACGAUGAUACUCGUGUGAAGCUCCUCAAAGGAAACAGUGAUUACAUUAAUGCUAACUAUGUCAAUAUGGAAAUCCCAUCCCGGCACAUCGUCUUAACAUACAUUGCAGCACAAGGUCCGCUAGAAAAAACUUGUGGUGAUUUUUGGCAGAUGGUUUGGGAAAAAGAAUCGACGUUAGUGAUCAUGUUGACGACUACGAUGGAAAGAGGACGGGUGAAAUGUCAUCAGUAUUGGCCAGAGGGAGACGAUACGUGGACAUUUGGUAACCUUGAAGUAGUCUGCACUAAAAUAAGAGAUUUCUCUCCGUCUUACGUCUACCGAGAGAUGUAUGUCACAAAUAAUAAAAGUUUACGUAGCAGAGUCAUAGUCCAACUGCAAUACCUGGCUUGGCCGGAUCAUGAUGUACCAGAGGAUGCCACAGAUUUUCUCGAGUUUGUCCACAGUGUAAGGCACUACCGUGAGGGAACAAGUACACCCGUAGUAGUCCAUUGCAGUGCCGGUGUUGGUCGUUCCGGAGUUCUGAUGUUCAUAGAAACUGCAUUUGCCAUGAUAGAAGGAGCCGAACCGGUUUACCCCUUGGAAAUAGUCAGGAAAAUGAGAGAUCAGCGAGGAUCACUCAUACAAACACCGGUAAAUAUUGUCUGCCUUUCAUGUUUACUCCGCUACAUGACGGGAUGACGUGACGGGAUACAU